CCCCAACCGAAGUUAGAUGAUCAAAGUACAUAAUUAUGAGUUCGAUAGUUCGACAUUACUAUAGUGAUAAAUGGUGUUUCUGCAUUUUCCUUUUUUACAGCCACGUGUGUUCCAUGAAACUAUUUAUCCGACUUGAUUCUUCUUUUUUCUACUCCAUGUGUUUCUCAUUGACUUCCGUUUACGUGCUUUGUUUUAUCGCUUUAUGCUUUCGUUUCGAUUCCUUGUAAUAGCAUAUCUUAGUCUUUCUGACUUAGCUUACCUUUACGUGAUGUCAUAUUCUUUGUGCUAAAGGACGCUCGUCUAAGACAUACUAAUCAGAUAGCGGUGCUUUAACCAUUCGUUCUGUCGCGAUUAUAGCCACACCAAAGUAUUUCCGGAAUAUAAAAAAUAGGCAGGUGUUUGAAGUGGCACGACGAAGGAAAAAAAAGCCUCGAUUUUAGGGUGCUAUAUAAAUAGGACGAAGCCAUAGAUCUUAUCUAUGGAAUCGAAAUAG